AUGAUCAGUACUAAGAAGCUUAUUAAAAUGGCAAGAAAAUGGCAAAAAAUAGCAGCUGCCAGCAGGAAAAGGAUCUCUUGGUCAAGACCAGUAGCUGAUAAGGGUCACUUUGUUGUAUACACAAGUGAUGAAAGACGGUUUAUGAUUCCUUUGGGGUACCUGGAGAGUGAGAUAUUCAGAGAGUUAUUCAGAAUAGCUGAAGAAGAGUUCGGAGUAGCAAGUUCAGGACGAAUUAUGCUUCCAUGUGAUUCAAAUUUCAUGGAGUAUGCGAUCUCCAUGAUCCAAAGACAUGUACCUGAAGACUUGGAGAAGGCAUUGAUUAUGUCCUUGGCUAACUGCAAAUACUCAUCAUUGUUGUUACACGAACAUCAACACCAAACUAACCAACAACUAUUCAUUUGUAGUUUCUAAAGACAAAAUCUAUGUUCUUUUUUCGUAACAAACUUGUACAAUUUUACCUAGAUAUAUAAUGAGAAUUCUCACAAAACUUGUUCACAUUAGCUGUUUUACCAUUCACAAUGUGCCCUUCUCCUUUACCGGUCUUAAAUGACAUAAAAAGAACAACCUACAGUCUUAGGGAGUUAUGCAGACAAGAUUCAAUAUAAGGACACGAUAAGGAAAGUUAUGCAGACAGAUUCGGUUAUAAGUCAUGAGUACAUAUAUUAGUUGGCAUCCGACUAUCAGAGCCUGCAGGAUCAACAGGAAAAUAUAACAACAUAUCUGAAUGGAAAGCGCUUUUAAAUGUAAAUACUUCAGCUUCCAGGGAUGUACCAACACUUCUCCUUACCCAAUAUUGUAGAGGUCGUUCUUUCCUUCUUUAAAUUAGUUAACAAUUUGCUCAUAAAACUUUCUGGUCAUCUAUUAGGAUUUCCAGCAACAAUGAAAAUUACCAAUACUUAGUUGAGAAUUUAUG